AAAUCAAUGAAGCCAGUCAAACAAACUGGGCUGGGCAAUCGAAGUUGGGACAAUUUACGGAGGUUUCUGUUGCCGGAUAGUCGACGACAAUAAGGCUAUGUACACAGAUAAUAUGUAUAGAGUCCUAUAUUUGUGUCCUUUAGAGGAGUAAGCAGGUGAUAUCAACUCAUUUUCUACUUAAACGCGGAGUUUGAUGUAUUUCGUUAGACAUUUGUAGCCUGACUAAAAAAAAAAAAACUACCCUCCCUAUUCGAACUGAGGAUGAUUUUUGCUAAUACUGGAAAUUCACUAAGGACUCCGUAUCGCAAACAGCCACCUGUUACCUUAUCGUCACACCCCAUGGCUCCACCCAGCCCCAGCAACAACAGCAGCACCAACAACAGCAGCAGCAGCAGCAGCAGCACUGCAGGCUGGGAGCAGCUCAGCAAAACGAACCUUUACAUCCGAGGGCUGUCCCCUUCAACCACAGACCAUGACCUGGUCAAGCUCUGUCAGCCGUAUGGCAAAAUUGUAUCAACAAAGGCCAUCAUGGACAAGACAACAAACAAAUGUAAAGGAUAUGGCUUCGUGGACUUCGACAGCCCUGCCGCAGCUCAGAAAGCAGUGGCUGCCCUAAAGACCACUGGUGUCCAAGCUCAGAUGGCAAAGCAACAAGAACAAGACCCAACAAACUUGUACAUCUCCAACUUGCCUCUGUCUAUGGAUGAGCAGGAGCUGGAGAACAUGUUAAAGCACUUCGGCCAGGUCAUAUCCACACGCAUCUUGAGGGACUCCAGUGGAGCCAGCAGAGGAGUGGGCUUUGCCAGGAUGGAGUCAACUGAAAAAUGUGAUGCAGUCAUUUCUCACUUCAAUGGAAAGUUUAUUAAGACACCAGCAGGUGUUCCAGUACCCCCCGAACCCUUGCUGUGCAAGUUUGCCGAUGGUGGGCAGAAAAAGAGACAAAGUCAAAAUAAAUUUGCUCACAAUGGUCGAGCCUGGGCAAGAGAUGGUGACUCCAGACUGGCUGGAAUGACACUCACAUAUGACCCCAACGCAGCUGCUAUGCAAAAUGGAUUUUUCCCAACAGCAUACAGUAUUUCAAACAGGAUGAUUGCUCAAACGUCCAUGUCUCCUUACAUGUCUCCGGUGUCAACAUACCAGGUGCAGAACCCAUCCUGGAUGCCUCAUCAACCCUACAUCAUGCAGCACCCAGGUACAGUGAUAUCGCCCUCUAUGGACCCGUCUUUGUCACUGCAGCCUACAUCCAUGAUGGCCCCGCUCGCACAGCAGAUGAGUCACCUCUCCCUGAGCAGUGCAGGAACGUUUAUGGCCGCCAACACAGCUAUGCAAGGAGCAUAUAUACCCCAGUAUGCACACAUGCAGACAACAUCUGUUCCUGUGGAGGAAAAUGGUGCACAGUCACAAGUGGACACAUCCAGCAACCAUUCCCCAUACUCCUACCAACAAACCAAGUAGUGCUGAGGUAACGUUAGGACAACAGCUAAAACAAUCAUGUCUACAAAUGCAAUGGACGCUAAGGAUCUUUCACUGUUUUGCACAGGUUCUGCAAUCGUUUAAGUGAGACUAUUUUUGGUAUCAUUUUCAAAAACUACAAAGAAUUAUCUGAGUUUAUCAAAUGAUCUGAAUUAUAUAAAGAAAACGUUUUGAAAAAGUUUUAUUUUCAUACUAGAAAACGUUUAUUUUUUACCAAAGAUUGCCACAGGAUACAAGGAAGAAUCAGUUGACUAGUUGUUCACAGUGCAUGAUAAUAAAUGUCUUUUGUUAAUAUUUCCAGAUUUUUUUUUUUUUUUUUUUGUCUGAAGACUUUUUUUUUUCAU